AUGUUCACAUCGCCCUCAUUUAGUUUGUGCCUGGCUCCUUCUUCGUCCAUGAUCAAAUUCUGUUCCUCCUUCUCGAGUGUUGAAGUCCAGCAGGAUUUGCCAGACUUCUUGGGGAGUGGGAUGGGCAGGUCCGUCGCUAAGAACUAUCCGUCCAUUACCCUACUGCCGAUACACUACUUGUGGGUAAGGAAGGUCGACCUGUUCAUGGCUCCAUUCAACAACACUCUCCCUUGAUCUGCAUUGGGGACGGGAUAUGUCGUUCCAAGGUGUUCAAAGGCCGUGAUGGCCAGUCUGACGCAGUGGUGACCUAUCCAAAUUCUGCUUGAUUGAGCUGUCCUUAUUCCAAUUCCGAGAUUGGGCUCUGUGGCAACAUUGUCAUUCAAGAUUGACUUGGACACUCACCCAUUGGCGAUUGUGGAGUGCCACACCCAUGCGAACAGAGCUGUGGUUGAGUUCCUAUGAGUCAGGAUGGGCAAUGCCUCGUCCUGUUGCGGUUGUUCCCGUUCAGGUAGAGAUGAGGUGGACGAAUCCAAGCUCCAUUUCUUCCAUGGACGUCUCAAAGUGCACAUCAUUUGCGCCGAGGACUUGCCUGACACCGACACCACCUUAUUCAAUAUUGACGGCCAGGAUUACACGGAUGCCUACGUGACGGGUGAUUUGGGCUUGGCCCGGCUGUUCAAAACCAAGUACAUCCCCAAUGAUCUCAAUCCCACAUGGGAUGAGACCUUUGACUUGUACGUGUGUCAUCAUGCGAGUAGCUUUGAGAUCCGAAUUAAGGAUAAGGAGCAUGUGGGCGCCACAUUUUUCGCGGCUACCAAAAUUCCCACGGGUGAUUUGAUCGAGGGACGGUUAGUGGAUGGCUGGUUUGACCUCUACAAUGGCGAUCAGCUACAGGGACGAAUCAAGAUGGAGGUCCAAUACUUUCCCAAGGAAUACCUGAACGAGCGAGAUUUUCCUCUACCGGAUGCCUACUUUCCUCUACGGGAAGGAAAUCGGUUUAUAUUGUACCAAGAUGCUGAUACUCCCCAAUUGCCAUGGUUUGAUGGGAUCGAAUGUCCGGAUGGCAGCCCUUAUAAGGCCACUCGUCAUUGGGUGGACCUUUACAACGCGAUCAAAAACGCCCAAAAGUUCAUCUAUAUCACCGGUUGGUCCGUGUACACCGAGAUCAAUCUCGUUCGAGGCGACGAAGACAUCGACGGGUACUCGAAUGUGGGCCGAUUACUCAAAACCAAGGCCGAGGAUGGUGUCAAGGUCCUUUUGAUGGUCUGGGACGAGAAGCUCUCGUCCCAGAGUAGUCCCGGUCUGAUGGGAACCCACGAUGAGGACACGCGGAACUAUUUCGCCGGAACCGCCGUCGAGUGUGCUUUGAUGUCGAGAAUGAAACGUGAAGGUGUGCUGGCCAGUGAGUUUGUGGGCACGUGUUACACCCACCAUCAAAAGACUGUCAUAUGCGAUGCGCCCUUGAGCGAAGGGAGUGAUCAGUUCCGAGUGGUGGCUUUCAUAGGGGGGAUCGACAUAACCGAUGGUCGCUACGAUUCUGCCCUGUUCCCACUUUGGAGUACCAUUAAUAACCUGCAUCUAGGCGACUUCUACAGUAACUGUGUGCCUUACGCCAACAAGGAUGUGGGCCCGCGGCAACCGUGGCACGAUUGCCACGCCAAAGUCGAGGGUCCCGCAGCUUUUGACAUCAUGCGAAACUUUGAGGAACGAUGGCGACGGCAAGCCGAGGAAAAAGUCCAGAGCCUGUUCCACUUUGAAGACGGAGAGAUUGAUGUAGAGGCUACUGCUUUGAUGCCGUCCAACGAAGGUAGCCUGUGGAACAUGCAGCUCUUCCGAUCCAUUACAACUGAUUCGUGUAUCUUUGAUUUCGAUAAGCACAAGUGCCUAUUCUCCAAGGGCGGACGCCUCAUCGAGAACACGAUCAUGAAGGCGUUGGUCCAUCAAAUACGCAAUGCGAAGAACUUUAUCUACUUGGAAAACCAGUAUUUCUACGGGAGCGCUUACUGUUGGUACGGCGAUCAAGAUACGUUGACGGAUCACAUCAUCCCGAGAGAACUCACUCAAAGAAUCAUGGAGAAGAUCGCUGUUCGCGAGAAAUUCAAAGUCUACAUACUCAUUCCCAUGUUCCCCGAGGGAGAUCCGUCCACGGCAGCUAUUCAAGAGAUCCUUCAUUGGCAACAUCGCACAAUGGAAGCCAUGUAUCGGCGGAUCGCUCGCGCUCUCAAGGAAUUCGAAGUGGACGCUCAUCCCACGGACUACUUGUCAUUCUAUUGUCUGGCCAAACGGGAGUCUCCCGACGAGAUGCCCGAGGGCGAAUUCACCGAUCCAUUGCCCGGAUCCCAAUUGGAAAAGGUUCGGAAGAGCCGUCGUCAUCCCAUUUAUGUUCAUUCAAAACUCUCCAUCUUCGACGACCAAUACGUUCUCGUGGGCAGUGCCAACAUCAAUCAACGCUCGUUGGGCGGGAAUCGUGACUCGGAGAUCGCCAUGGGCGGAUAUCAACCUGACCAUACGAUUGAAACCCAAGGGGAUCCCAGAGGCGGGGUUCAUGUCUAUCGUUUGGCUCUGUGGGCCGCCCACUUGGGGGAGAUGCAUCCCGAUUACUUGAAUCCCGGGAGUGACGAGUGUCUCGCUCGGGUCCGACUUGUGACCCGCAGCUUCUGGGACACUUACACCGCCGAGGAACCCCAGCACAGUGAUAUUCAUAUGCUGCCUUACCCGGUCCAAGUUACGGAGGAGGGCAUGGUGGAGGCCUUGGAUUCGCCUUGGGAUCAGUUUCCGGAUACAUGUGCGAAUGUAUUGGGAGUGAGGAGCGGUUAUCUCCCGGCGAAACUGACGACGUAAAAGAGCGAACAAAAAACAUUGACCUGGUGGAUCACGUCUUCGAAAUGCAAACUGAUUUUAGCUCCUCUCGUUCAUAUACACAAACAAAGAUGAUUUAUAUAUAUAUAAUUGAUGAGUCUAGUCUCACAAAGACUCGGAUGUUGGCUAUGUGUAACCCAAGAAAAAGUCAUUGGUAAUGCAAAGGGAUCGGGUGAAAAUAGCAAUUAUCUUAGAUAUAUUAUUGGCUAUUAAACUCUUAAACAUUUG